AUGCAUUACCUGAUGUUCAACAAGGUCCUUAUCUCCUAUCAGUGUCCACUCAUCUCCAAAUUCAUCGUCUUCACCUUAGUGGUCUCCGGAAUAGAGUGCAUCACUGCCGUUCCUGGGAACAGCUUCAUCACAGCCAUCCGUGGAGCCGAGGAGGUCAGAGACAAAUGCCUCCCUGCUGGUGACUGCAUUCUGUUGAUGCUGAGUUUUUCCAGGCUCUUGCUACAGCUUUGGAUCAUGCUAGAAAAUACCUACAUUAUACUAUUCUGGGUCACUUAUAACCGAAAAACCGUGUAUACGCUUUUGAAAACCGUCACCAUGUUUCUAAACUAUGCCAACCUCUGGCUUGCUGACUGGCUCAGUAUCUUCUAUUGUCUUAGAACUGCAAACUUUACUCACCCUUUGAUCGCUUCGAUGAAGGGAAUAAUGCCGGUGCUGAUGCCUUGGCUCUUGAGGCUGUCAUUGUUCUCCUUCUGCUCUCGUUUUCCCUUCUCUGCAGAUAUCGUCAAUGUGCACGUAAAGAACUGCAUCCCUAGCCCUUCCUCCAACUCCGCUGAGAAGCUGUACCUCUCUGGGAUCAACGUGGUCAACUUGAUUCUCACGCUUUACCUGGGUAUCUUCAUCCCUCUGAGCAUGUUCAUCCUUGCAGCCACCCUGCUGAUGGUCUCUCUCAAGAGACACACCCAAUGGAUGGAGAGCAAUGCCACUGGCUUCAGGGGCCCCAGCAUGGAGGCUCACAUGAGGGCCAUCAGAGCCAUCAGCUGCUUCCUCAGUUUUUACACUUGCAGCACAGUUGCUCUAUUUCCUUCCAUGUGCAGCAUCUUCAAUGCCAACAGUUCUUGGAAUAUUCUGUGUGAAAUCAUCACGGCUGCCUGUAGGUUACUUGCAAUUAAUGGCCACUCAGUGCUAUUGAUCCUGGGCAACCCUGGGCUGAAAAGAGCCUGGACACGGUCUCAGCACCAAGUUCAUCUUUACCUGUAAGGACAAAUUCUGUGA